CUAACGAUAGUUCAAUAUUAAAUCUAGUAGGCUUCACUUGCAACAUUUCAGGCGCUGCUAUUAUUACUUUCCUUCUCUUAACCAUGAACACGUUAAAAGGCUAUGAAUCAAGAAAACCACGUAUAUUAACGAAAGUGAAACAUUCUAAAUAUGAAUGUGCCGAAGCAUUGCACACAAAUAAAAUGUAUUGGUCAAAGACAUUCCAGGAGCUGGAUAACAACAGUAAAACUCCGACAGCGACAACGGAGAGCAAAUUUUUAUAUGAGGUGCUUCCAAAUCAACUAUACAAGGAAGUGUGCGUUACCCUGAAUAUUCCUGUCAUAGAACCAGAGGUCUUUGAACCAGAACAACCUGCAGAGGAAAAACGUCGGUACAUUAAGGAGCCAUUGCUUUCAUAUAGGAAGACUCUCUACAUAGAUAGGGAGAUGGAUUCAGAUACCGAUGUCGAAUAUGAACCUAGUGACAAGGAAGAAGAUACAAAUGUUCACCGCGAUCUGCUGAGGAAACCUGAACGAGAACAAAUUACGUGGAACACACACUAUCUGAAGCCAGAAAGGGACGACGAGAAAAGCCUUGUCACAAAAGCCAAUGACAUUACUAAUCGGAUUGCCGUAGAGUUUUGUCAGUACAUGAAAGAAUUGGGUGGUGAUCAACCAUCGCAACUGUUUACACCAGAAGCCAUUAGGGAGUUAUUCCAGAUUGAAUACGACACUCCAAUAUCGCGAGGAGUUCGAGUUAUUCCAAAGGAAUUGCCAUCUGUUAUAGAGAAGAUGGCUAAUGUUACGGGACAUCCUGAGAAAUCACAAUACGCCGUGCUUGAGCGUGAAGUGACAAAAGAUAUACGGACUGAGCAUCAACCAGAUAAGAUCCGGGGCUUCUACACUAGCCUGCCGAAAAAGGAGCAGUGGCACGCGCCGAGGAAUGACACAGAGAACACGUGGCGAUCGGCCAGACACGUUCCCAAGGACCUGGUCACGCUAAAGACUGUGUGGGAAGGAAUCACAAAACUCAAGAGUGUACGAGAGUACUGCCGUUGGAUGAUCGACCAUCCCGAACACCGUCGAGCUCCGUACCUCAGCAGCCUCGGCAUGUUCGAUCUGGCUGUGCUGGAGGCUCGUCACACUAUGGAGUUGAAUCUCCUCGACCUCAGCGCCCCACUCGCCUCACCCACAGAUGCCCCUGCGCCUAUAGACCAAAUACGAAGAAAACUCUCUGAACUCGCUGAACCAACUACGUAAUCUUGCAAAUUUUCGAAAGACACAAAAACAACCUGUUUUCUACUGUUGUAGGUACAGAACCAGGUGGUUAUAAAAGUGUCCUUUUAAUCAAAUUUUUAGCACACACUUAAAAUUAUUUUUCAUUAAAAUUAUGUUUCGUUUACUUCAAUCUGCAAUCAUAUCUUAUCUCAUUUUAUCUAACCACUCACCAAUUUUUGCUUCUCACCAAAUGUACAUGUUACCGCCCUCUACCCAAGUUUGUUAAAACAACUUGCCUUCCG